AUGGCAGACAUCACCAUCUCCGACGAGAUCCUGAAACAUAUCAGCGGCCAGGUAGUUCUGAUCACCGGUGGAUCCUCUGGAAUCGGCCGAGCGACCGCACAACUGUGUCUGGACCUAGGCGCCAAGGUUGUGAUUGGAGAUCUGAGUCCUCCCAGCCCAGCAUUCGAAACCACCGAGCAAGUCAAAUACGUGGAGGUGGACGUGACCAUAUGGGGGAGUCUUCGAAACAUGUUCGAUCAGGCGGACAAGUUCUUCGGCGGCAUCGACCACGUCUUCGCGAAUGCGGGCGUUCCGCCAACAACGCAAUUCUUGGAUGUUCACCUCGACGAAGCGGGCCAGCUGCAGCCUCCGCCUCUCCAAACCAUCAACGUGAAUCUGAUCGGGCCCCUAUACACAAUCAACCUAGCAUCGGCCUAUAUGACGCAGCUGGCAAGCCGCCGCCCGACGGCGAAAACAGGAAGCAUUGUGCUCACCGCAUCUGCCUCGUCCUUCCAGGAGUUCAGCGCCGGUGACUACACCAUCGCCAAGCACGGGGUUCUCGGCAUGGUUCGUGGACUCGUGCACCGGCUGGAGGCGGAAGGCGCAAUCAGACUGAAUGCGGUGGCUCCCUCGUGGACCAAAACGGCUAUGAUUCCGGCGGAAGUCAUUGAGGCUAUGGGCGUGGCAGUCCAAACCCCCGAGGCUGUGGCGCGGAGCGUGGUCUUGCUAUUCGCCGAUCAGGCCCGACAUGGAGAAGUGCUAUAUAGCUGGGAAGGACAUGUCCGGGAGGUCAAUCAAGCCGAGGGGGGUCUGUUAUCCAUGACAAAGAAGUUGCUAUACAACGACGAUAACCUCGAGGGAGUGCUACAGAAUCUCACCGAACAGGCACAGGCGACAAAGUCAUAA